AUGUCUAAGGACGUUCUCAAGGAAAGCAUAAUCCAGUCCUUGAGGACGUCCCUGGGAACAGUCACUAAAGAUGGGCUGGCCCUCUGUGGCUCUGGGCUCCCGCCUGUAUCUCUGCAUCUCUCGGACGGGACGCCUGGGUCACGGCCCUACCGUCUGGACCUGGACUUCCUCAAAUACGUCAACGACAUUGAGAAGGGCCACGAUCAAGCCGCCCGGUCCAGGCCCGGCCCGGCCCUCGGCCCCUGCCCGUCGCUGACUUCGGGCACCGGCUCCUGGUGGACCUCCACCGAGUCGCUGUGCUCCAACGCUAGCAUGGACAGUCGACACUCCUCCUUCUCCUACUGCGCGCCGGGCUACCACCACCCGCACCACGGAGGAUCGGCCGCCACCUCCUCAUUGCAGCGUCCGAGCUUCAGCGCCGCCCGCGUGGAGAAGACCCUGCUGGACGCCCGGCGCAAGCUGGAGGAGGAGAAGGAGGGCCGGCGCUUCACCAACCUGGGCAGCAUGCACAGCAGCGUGGCAGGCUCCACCACCUCCCUCUCCAGCGCCCACAGCUACAACCGCGCCCACGGUGGAGGAGCUGGAGGAGGAGGAGGAGGAGGAGGAGGAGGAGGCUCCUACACACCCAUGAGCUCGGGGCUGUCCACGCCGGUGUCGCCCACCCCGGCGCACUUGCAGCACGUGCGGGAGCAGAUGGCGGCGGCGCUGCGCAAGAUCCGCGAGCUGGAGGAGCAGGUGAAGACCAUCCCCGUGCUCCAGGUCAAGAUCUCCGUGCUGCAGGAGGAGAAGCGGCAGCUCAGCGUCCAGCUCAAGAGCCAGAAGUUCCUGGGCCACACGCUGGGCUUCGGCGGGAGCGGGAGGAGCGGCCGGCCACGCGGCGAGCUCUACAUCGACAUCCCCGAGGAGGACGCCGCCGCCGCCGCCACCACGACGGCGACGACAACAGCGGCGGCGGAAGGCGCCGGGGGAAUGACGCCGACGACGCCAGGCACCGGCGGUGGCAGCAGGGCGGGCGGGGGAUUGUCCCCCACGGCGGCCGACGGCUCGCGGCAGGACUCGGGCUGCGAGAUCGAGGACACGGUGAUCGUGGGCGGCGCGCGGCCCGGAGCUCGCCGGGAGGUGCGCACCGUCGGCGUGGGGCCCGAGGACGAGCGGGACGAGAGGGAGAAGCACUACCGGCAGGUGGGCGUGGGCGUGCGCGAGCAGGACCUGGGGCUGCCGCCCGAGACCGAGUCGCUCAAGAGCCAGGUAGGCCGCCUGGAGGCGCAGCUGCAGAAAGCCAUGCAGGAGCUCCAGAGCGCCCAGGAGCAGGCCGAGGCUGCCCAGAGGGCCAGACAGGCCCAGCCUAAGGCCGAGCACCCGGUCCGGGCCACCAGCCUGGGCUGGCAGGAGCAGCAGCAGCAGCCGCAGGGCGGCGGAAGGAGCUCCAGUCUGCAGACGGUGGUCAGCUUUACCCAGCAGCCCCAGCAGCGCGAGCAGAGGACCGUGGGCAUCCAGGUGUACACGCUGGAGCAGCCCAUGCUGGUGAGGGCGCAAGCAGGCCCCUCCAUCGCCAGCGCACCCUCCGGGGCCCUCCUGGAAGGCCCGCUCAGGGGCCAGGCAGAGGCUCUCAGCACAGAGGAAGGACCUCGAGAGCUGCCCAUCGCAAUCAGCUCCAAGCAAGUGAGAGAGGUCCUUUUGAGGAGUGAAGUGUCCUCUUCAGUGCCUGUCACCAGCCCUGUGAUUGUCAUGGAAACCAAGUGCCAUCAGGUGACCCCUUUGAAUGCGGGGUCGAAUGAAGGAGAGGGUGGUCAGCACACAGUUGUGGAGGACCUCCAGUCACAGGAGCCUACAAAGCUAGCUUCUCCCCAGUCAGCUUUGAGGUCCAUUAUGAAGCGGAAAGCAGAUGGAGAACCUGGCUCUCCCACCACUAAGAAGAACCUGCAGUUUAUUGGGGUGAAUGGAGGGUAUGAAUCCACAUCCUCAGAGGAGAGCAGUAGCGACAGCUCCGAGGAUGAGAGCGACACGAGUGAAUACCACGAGGCCCCUGAGAAGCUUCCGGAGUCUGGGGCCCGUCCACUUCAGCCUGAGGCCACCAGUCCCCCUGAGACGAGCGCUGCCCGAGAGACCGCCCUCCCCGAGCCCCCGCAACAGCUCAGCACUGCCCCAGCGCUAGCCAAUGAGCAGCUGGCUCCCCAGAGCACCGGCACAUCACCUGCCACGGACGCAAACCCUCAACAGACUAUUAGCCAAUCACCAGUCGCGGCUGUGGUGUCCACAGAUGACUGCGCCACUGCCUCUGUGCCAUCUCAUGCCAGUGGCGGCUCUUCUUGCGGCCAGGCAAAGGUCUCUGCCACCGAACAACCCGACGUCCAGCCAGCUCCUCUGUCUGCCUCAGAACAAACUGCUCCCCAAGCCAAACACUCUCACACUGGUGCUGCCCAGUCGGAGGCCCAAGACCUCGCCACUCAAACCACUGCCCCGGCCUCUCAGCAGCAAGCUAGCCAAUCACAAACCACUCACCUUACGCCUCAGCAGGGAGCCAACCAAUCACCAGCCACAGAUUCCAGCUCCCAGCAACCUACAAGCCAAUCCACAGUCGCAGAGCCAGCAUCUGGGAACGUGAGCUCUGCAUCGCCAGCCAGUCAGGAAAGCAAACUGGAACUCAGCGAGAGCCUGAUGACAGCACUUCAUACCUUACAGAAAGCUGUUGGUGAACCGAAUGCCUUCAGCCAGCAGGGGGCGCGGACAGCCUACACCUCAGUGCUCCAGGAGUGGCUGCGCGUGUCGUGCCAUAAAGGAGCGGACACAGCGGUGGUCAGGGCCUACAUGGACACCUUUGCCACCCUCUCACCCCAGCUGCUGGAGUUUGUCAUCAACAUGGCUGACGGAAACGGCAACACUGCCCUGCACUACACUGUCUCUCACUCGAACUUCCCCGUGGUCAAACUACUGUUGGAGACUGGCCUGUGUAAUGCUGACAAGCAGAACAAGGCCGGUUACACGGCCAUCAUGCUGACCGCUCUGGCCGCCUUCAGCUCCGACAGCGACCUGCAGACCGUCCUACAGCUGCUGAGAACAGGGGAUGUCAAUGCCAAAGCCAGCCAGGCGGGUCAGACGGCUCUCAUGCUGGCGGUGAGCCAUGGUCGCGGCGACAUGGUGCGGGCGCUGCUCUCCUGCGGGGCCCAGGUCAAUCUCCGCGACGAUGACGGCUCCACGGCGCUCAUGUGCGCCUGUGAGCACGGCCACGUGGACAUCGUGCGGCAGCUGCUCUCCGUGCCCGGCUGCGACGCUACACUGACCGAUAAUGAUGGCAGCACAGCUCUCUCCAUAGCACUGGAGGCCAGUCAGAAUGACAUCGCUGUGCUUCUUUAUGCCCACCUCAACUUUGCCAAGCCUCCGUCCCCUGUUUCACCAAAGUCCCCACUGUUGGGCUCCUCUCCCCCUACUGGUGAAAUGAAGUAAUGACAGAAGAGAAUGGAUUUGUGUAUUUAACACAACUUACACCACCGUUUCCUCAAGCAUUCCACCACAAUUUUAUGUGUCUGUAUGUGUGUGUGCACAUAUGCAUCUGAGUGUGUCUGCUUCCAAACAGAGCUCAGAGAGAGAGUGGUGUGUGUGUGUGUGUGUGUGUGUGUGUGUGUGUGUGUGUGUACAUAUACCCCUGUGUCUAUAUGUGCAUUUUUGAAUACCCGCAUUUCUCAUGUGUGUGUCUGUGUGCACACAUCAUAUAAUAUGUUUGAUAUUGUGUUGUCUAUAGGACCUAUAUUAUGGAAAUGUGCGCACAUAUGCAAGAACACAAUUGACACAACUCACAUAAGUCUUUUGAAGAAACACAUCUUUUUUGUUUGUAGUGUCAAGGUUAGCUCUCAUUUUCUCAGAUUUGUCGUUUUGUUUGGACAGGUCAUGUGCUAAAACCAUUAGGUUGUGUUUGUUUGUAGCGGCAAUAACAGUCACACUUGAUGGAAUCCAUUCUCACAAGCUAUUCAGCAAUAUUAGUGCACAAACUUAUACCUGUUUGACGUCCACAUCAGAGUGGAGUAGGAGUCUUUCAGGAGCAUUAGAUUAAUGCAUUUUACACCGUUGUAGUCCAUGUUUAAUUUGUAAAAUCAUUUAUUUGUAUCAACCAAUAUGUUUAAUUGAGUGUUUUUCAGUCACAUGGAUGUUGUUGCAUAUGAAAGCAUCAGUUAUUUCAGUGAACUGUCAGGGAGUUCCUGUUUAGUUGUCGAAACCGACAUCAAAGUGUCCUUUUUUUUAAUGCAACUGCCUUGGGUGAACACAGUGGCUCCACUGCAUCCAAACUUACUCAGAUGAACGAAUAUGACCAGCCAUUUCAGCACAAUCCCAAUAUGUCUCCAGAAAGGACCUUUAUUUGUAAUGCUUCGUUUGUACUAUUUUGAUAACAUUUUAAGCCAUUUUGAAAAAGAGUUACAGUUUUAACAGCAACAACACUUUUCUCAAGUCCUCUCCGAUCAUACUGAAUUGCAGUACACUAUGAUUUUAUUGAAUGACAACCUCAAGGAAUUGCCGUAUAGUGUGUUGUUAGGACAGUAAUCCCUUUGCAAACACAGUUGAACCAGCUGCUACCAGAUGGGAAACAGACUGGUGUUUUCAGUGUCAGACAGAUAGUGAGUCAUGCACCAAGCUCCUCUUUUUCCAAUCAUUGUUUAGUAUCUAACUAUCACAAAGUUCCUUGGAUACUAUGGUGUAAAACGUGUUGGAAAUGGUCUUUCCAAAGAUGAAUGUGGUAUUUGUAUUUUUGAUCAAAAAUGCUAAGUGAUACAUCAAAAAAGUUAAAGCGAAAACUUGAUUUAGGGACUGAACCCCUAUUGACUCUAUUGAAGAGACUUAUUUGUCUGCCAUUGACAAGUCCGUGACAACUCAUUUAGGUACUAGGGUAUGAGGUAUGAGGGGUUUUUGCGGGUUGACUUGGUAAUGGAUGGUGAUUUUAGGUCGGGGUAGUUGUUUGGUACUUUGGCCUUUCUGGGCCUCCAUAUGUAUUGGCAGCUCACGGGUCAUCCAUGAGGUGGGAUGUGCUGGAACCAGAAAGUGUAAUCAAAGCCUAAGGAACAAAAUCUAUGAAGUAUGUGAUGGUCCGAAGGAGUGUGAAGUAUACCAAAAAAAUGGAGUAAUAUAUCAUCAGACUAUGAAGAAAAUGAGCAAACAAACAUUAGAGAGAAUUAUUAUUUAGCAAGACAGAAAUUGUUGGAUCCUUCUGGCAACAGAGAUUUAGAGAAAAGUGUAGAGAAAGGAAAAUUGUGUCUAGGUUUUUUGUUAACACACCUAGAUUUUUUCACGUACCUUUAUAUUUUGGACUAAUUGGGUUUUGUAUCAUUUUUUCUACAUGUUUCUUGUAUUUACCUUUAUAUCUUUAUAUCAGUAAUAUUUCUUCACUAUUCUGUAUGUCUGUAUACGUCAUAUUUGCCUUGUUCUAUACCCAUAUGUACUCACAUUGUAUGUUUUGUUUGGAUUUUAUGUUUUUGAAAAUAAACCUAGACCUUUAGAA